AUGCCUUCUCUUGAGGGAAUUGAAGUUGCGAUCGUUACUCAGUCCGAACUGGCCAAGCUCCCCGAGUUUCCGCUCUCGGAUUCCUCCUCUCAGAGUGUUCUACCGUCUACUAAUCAACUGUCUUGCUCAAGUCUUGCGGCCUCGAGUCGACUUGGUUCAUUACCACGCCCACUUCUGAAGACCAGUCCUCGGAUUUCUGUCUACAUCCCCUCAGACCCAGGAUCACGAUUUGGAAUCCACUAUGCACUCAGCGAAACGUCACAACUGCCACGCUUCUUGUAUUUCAAGAUUUUCAUGAAUGGCAGAAAUGUCACAAACUGUGGCGUGAGGGUUCUUGAUGGAACUUCAGGUUCCAUCACACGCUCCCUCUGUGAGCCAAGCGAGCGCUGGAAAUACAAGGAAGAUGGGGUGUUGCGCAUCAGGGACGGGAUAGAGGCACGUUGCUUCUCCUUUCUGCCACACGCGCAUCAAUCAGUUGCAGAAGAUGGCGGCUUGAUAGAUGUUCAAGUCUUUCGGGCCAAGGGCCGGAUCCGAAGAUUGCCCAUACUAGAAAGCCACCGCGGUCAGGAGUCAUACGGUAUUGGGUCGCCCUCUGGUGGUCUUCUCGAUUCACCAGAUGAAGCCGGUUUCUACGAUUGGAUUCUAAUGGACUCAAAAGAGUCACCUUUCGUCUCUUUCCGGUUUCUCUAUAGAUCGUUACUAAACCUGCGUCAACUGAGCCUUGCACCGGAUCCCGAGUCGGAUGACAGUUCAGUCGACAUGGAAGAGGACAUGGCUGAGCACGCGGGCGAAGGGUUUCGUUCGAUAAAACCCCGUUGUAUUGGUAAUAUUUGCACAGAGAGUCCAAGUAGUUCAGCGUUGGAUGAUGCUCUGUCGGUCCAGGGGGAGCCCCGUUCGUCAAUACGUCCAAGGCGGUUGACCAAAGCAGCUCCUAUGAUUGCACCACCAAAAGCCUCAGCUCGUCCUCUGCCCGAGGUUCCAACCAGGAAGCCUGUAGAGCACAGAGACAUUGAAAAGCAGGUCGAGGCGCAUGAAUACACUUCACUAUCUGAUAUCCCAGAGGAGAUAGAGCACACUGAUACCAGCAUAGCCUGUACUACCAGCUUUCCAGGUAGAUCCGAUUCUCCUCGCAGUGUCAAAGCGAGAGUUCUCGAAUUGAACGAUUGCGGUAUAAUGCCGCUUGAGCCAGCUCUCAAGAGAGACACCAGCUCGACCAUCCUCGAAUCACUUGUGAACUACUCAGAACAGCCUGGCUCGGGACAAACCCGUGCGUUAUUAACAUCGACAGGGAAGAUGGGCCACCUAGAAACAGAUGAGCCUGAGCAAACAUCGGAAAUGAAGUCGAUUGUUGCAGAAGCAGAACACUCAUUCAGGACUGGUUGGAGGCUGAGUGAGAGCGAGUGGAUCAAGGGGGAGGUUUGA